AUGACUAUUCUCUUAAUAAUCUUGCUGGUUUGCCUAGUGAUUUAUCUUUAUUAUCAGAAUCAGCAAUUAAAGAGCAACUCCAAUGCUCCUAGUUUCCCUGGUUCCCAGUCGGAGAUAAUCUUUUCCGCCGAAGAGCAAGAAAUCCAGCAAUUAAAAGAAAGCAUUGCCCAAUUACAAGCCCAAAUAGACGAACUAAAAAAAAUGAUGACUAAAGACCAACUCGCCCAAGAAAUUAAGCAAGAGUUUGCCAAAGGAAACUUUAAACCGAGCCAAUUAAAACGUAGUAAAAGCACCGGAGAUAUUUCCCCAACUCCCCCUUUGCCUAAUAUUCCCUUAAAAAAAUCACCUUCGCAACCAGAAACCUCUCAGACACUCAGCCCUGAACAAGAAAUCAGCCAACUCCAAGAGCAAAUUAAAUUCCAUGCCCAAACUAGCCAGAAUUACCUCCAAUCGCUCCAAGCUGCCCAAGCCAAAAUCACCGAGUUAGAAGAAGAAUUGCAAGCCAAAGAAGCUUUUGUCGAUGCCUCCGAAGAAAACCCGGCUGAAUUAAAAGCACAAAUAGCCAACUUAGAACAGCAAAUCCUCGAACUACGCUUAAAGAAUUUAAAAGACUUUGGCGAAUACUAUGAGGAGAAAAAAGCUUUAAAAGGCGAGUUAGAGGAGAAUAUCGAUGAAGGCGUCCAAGAAAUUCGCCGGUUGGAGAACAAACUCCUCGCCUUAAAUCGCAAAAAACUGACCCUCCAAAGCCAAUUACAACAAGCCGAGUUGAAAAAUACCCGCUUAGAGUUAAAGGCAAUUGAUAACCAGCCAAAAACUAACUCGCUUUGGUCUAAUUUAAACUGA